GGAGGCGGUUGCCCAGGCAGUGAUACUUGAGCAAGCAUUCUGAGGGCUGGAGUGCCAGAGUGUCUUAAGAAAAACUCUCAGCAGAAAAAGGGGACUUAUCUUGGCAGUGAAGGAUAGCACUGACUAUGGCCUCCAACUUUAAUGAUAUAGUGAAGCAAGGAUAUGUGAAAAUCCGCAGCAGAAAGCUGGGGAUUUUUAGACGUUGCUGGUUGGUGUUUAAGAAGGCAUCCAGUAAAGGUCCACGGAGGUUAGAGAAAUUUCCAGACGAGAAGGCAGCAUACUUCAGAAACUUUCACAAGAUAACUGAGCUGCAUACCACCAAGAACAUUACCAGGCUGCCCCGGGAGACAAAGAAACAUGCCGUGGCAAUCAUCUUCUAUGAUGAGACGUCAAAGACAUUUGCCUGUGAGUCAGAGCUGGAGGCAGAGGAAUGGUGCAAACUGCUCUGCAUGGAGUGUCUCGGCACCAGACUAAAUGAUAUCAGUCUUGGAGAACCUGACCUACUUGCAGCUGGUGUGCAGCGAGAACAAAAGGAACGGUUCAAUGUUUACUUGAUGCCUACUCCAAACCUUGACAUCUAUGGGGAAUGCACUAUGCAAAUCACACAUGAGAACAUUUACCUCUGGGACAUUCAUAACGCCAGGGUAAAGCUGGUCAUGUGGCCACUCAGCUCCCUUCGAAGAUAUGGAAGAGACUCAACGUGGUUCACGUUUGAAUCUGGCAGAAUGUGUGACACAGGAGAGGGUCUAUUCACAUUUCAGACGAGGGAGGGAGAAAUGAUCUACCAGCGAGUCCAUUCAGCAACCUUGGCAAUUGCUGAGCAGCACGAAAGGCUAAUGCUGGAGAUGGAGAAAAAGGCAGGUAUACAAUCCAAUUCAAAUGAAACUACAACAUUAUCUAGAUCAAUAUCACUUCCUCGCAGUGCAUACUGGCAUCACAUCACCCAACAAAACAGUAUAGGAGAAAUCUACAGUUUGCAAGGUACCAGCUUAAGUAUGACAUUGGUUCCCCGUGCACAGACCUUCCCUGGUUACAUAUCAGAGCAGUGUGAUGAUGAGCAGCAGCAGCAACAGACCCAGCAUCGUGAGCAGCCAUUGUCUCCUUCUAGUGGCUAUGGAUCAAGCUACAGCUCAGGACCGGUCCAAUGACAUGCACUGUUUGGCUGAUUGUUUCAGUCAGUCCAAGCCGGGACAUUCCAAAUAGUUCAUAGUGGUGGUAAAAGCCAUUUGUAUUUUUUAAAAUGACUAGCUUAUAGAGCAUAGAGGCACUUACCAAUUCAGUGGAGAGCAUCUGAGGCCAACCUUUUGCUAUCACUUGGUUUCUAGUGGCAAAUCCAAUUGGUCAAUUAAAUGAUCAAUUCAAUUGCUUUCUAUGAGGUGCAAAGUUUGAAGUCCCAGGGAAACAAGUUUGACUGGUACGAAGUUGAUCGUGUCAUGGCAUACUCUCCAAAUUGAUUAACGUUCUUUUGUAUCUGAAGCCAGACAGAUAACUCUUUACAUAAAUACUGUCAUCCAAAACGUCAUUAAAUAAUUUACUUGCAUUAUACCAUAGUUACAUUUAAACCAGUUUAUUUGAAUCACAUUCACCACAAAACAAAACAAUGUGUAAGGAUGAAGUUCAAGGGAUACUUUAUACUUAAUUUUAUAUUUAUUUUCUUACCUGUGUAGUUGAGUUGAGUGUUCUCUAUCAUUCACUAUCGUUGUUUCUUCUUUAAUUAUUGACCAUACUUACUAUGUCAAACACUUCUAAAACUGAAUUUCUAAAGUGAGGUUGAUUUGGAAACAGCGACUAUGGGUAUGCAAGUGUUCUGCAUGGUAACUAAUAAUAAAGAUACACAAACAAUAGAAUAUUAAACAGGUGGGAAUAAAACCUGAAAACCUUGAUUCAUGUUAUUGAUUGCAGGGCAUGCAUAGCAAUACCUUGUACACAUACUCAACAUAUAUAUAUAUAUAUAUAUAUAUAUAUAUCUUUUUUUUUACUGAAAAUAUGGGAAUAUUGUUUUUGUACUACAAGGAAUCAUUUUACUUGUCUAGUUUUUGUGUAAUUGGGCAUGCUACAAAAUCUAAAUGAUACCAGUUAUUAAGUAGCAGGCUUAAGGAAAAAAAUUAAUAUUAUAUUUGUAGCCAGCUAAGAAACUGUUUGUGGAAGAACUCAGAAAUGCAUGGGUUGCAUCUAACUGGAAAAAAAAACAAAAAACAUGUAUGUCACAUUGCUGCACUGUGUCAGAUACAUCAUUCCCUACUAAUACCAUAUUUAGACCCACUCCUUGUGUGAUUCAAAAACAAAAAAAAUAUAUAUUGUAACAUUUCAACUUUUUUCCUGGAAAAAUAACCUUCUGUUUAGCCUUUUGUUCAUUUAAAACACAUAAUCAUAAGGCAGUAAUCAUGUUUUUAAUUGUAAUUUUUUUAACUCCUCAAUUAGACUUGUUUACCUUUUGGGAAUUUGAAAUUCCAAGUGAUAGUCCAAAGAUUACAAGGAGAUGUAUGGAUAACAGAAUGUAUAUGAUUUUGAAGAUUCAAUAUGAUUUGCAAAUAGCCAAAAUGCAGUUACAAUUUGGUAUCAAAGUGCAUUCUGAAAUGCAUUUCCUUUAUUAUCUAACCCUUUUGUUGUUAUCCAAAGUCAUUGAUAGAUGAAAUGGUAGCCGUAGCAGUCCAGUGAUGAAAGACAAACUAAACAAUCAUUAAUCACUUUUCACCUGAAGAAGAGACCUUUAAGGUCUUGAAAGCUUGUGAUUAAUUAUUAUUUAGCUAGCCAAGUAAAAGGUAUAUCCAAGGAAUAUAGCAUCAGAACAGGGUAGUGCAGUAUUUAUUAAAUGUAAUUUGCUCAUAGUUAAAUUGCAGUAACUUGUAAUUAAAAAUCAAGGUUUAUGUGAGUAAUACAGUUUUGUAUUAUCCACUUUUUUUUCUUUACUGGUGAUAGUUAUUAAUAUCUUUCCGUGGCAGAGUUCUGUAGGGAUAUGUUAACUUCCCCAUACAUUUUUAAGAUAACUCACUUACAGUAAUUGACUGAAUCUAUCUGUGUCAGCAUCUAGGUGGGACUCAAAAGUCCAAGUGAUUUCAAACCAGACAUGAGAGGUUGAUUGUGGAGCGUGUCAGGUAUGAAAACAGUAAGUGUGUAUAUUUGAGAAUAGUCUUUAGUUUUUGUAUUCCCUUUCCACCCGGUAUAGUUAAACAGUAACAGAAAACACCCAUAAAAAAUGUUUUGUAGCUGAGAUUAAAGUUGAUAACGAAGAAUGAAAUUUAGUUUGGAUUCAAAUAAAAAGUUAAACUAAACAGGAUGCCACAAAAUAUAAAUGAUACCGAUUUGUUAGCAGGCUUAUAGAACAAAAUCUUACAUUUACAGCCUAGCAUAUCACAACUGCAUAUUUACAUGUCUUGGUUUACUUUCAGAACAACAACAAACAUGUUGUAUUUGUAUGUGCUUACCAGCAAAAGUAAUGACACCAGGUGCAGGAAUUAUGAGCGUUGAAUUCCUUAUUAAUAAAGGCAUGUUUUAUCCGGUUCAGUAUUCCAGUGAGCUCUGUUGUUGGGAGAGGUGAAUGACUGGCUCAGUUUUACUGCAGUCAUGCCAGUUGGAUCUGUAGAUGUCAGACCCAGAACAGCUGUCUAGAGUGACGAUUGCAGUCAUUUGCAAGUUACUUCUGGAUCAUGGAUCUAAGGUAAUAUGUUUAAGCUUUUGGCAAUGCAUAAUGCUGUAAUUGCAACAGAAUAGUUCCUGUCUUUAUGCUGCCAUGAAAGACAGGAUUUAUUCUGCAAUGAAACAAUAGUCUGCCCUAAUUACCCAGGAUUAGUAAAGGUGGAGACUCGUCACCAACAAACGUUUCCAAAGAUUGAUUAGUUCCAUGAAGCAAUAUUAGAUGGACAAGGUAGACAUGCCUUGCAUUUCAUAGGAAAAUAAAUCUGAUUACAUGGCAAUUUGUUGACAUAUGUCAUCAUCUAAGGUUGUAUCGGCAGUGCAUUUCUGUGGUUGCUGCAAUAAAUAUAUGUAUGAUUCUAAGCCAAUAAAAGUACAAAUUCAAAAGUA